AUGAGUCUCCAGUACAUUGAAGCCGCACAUCUCUCUCUCGGACACAAAUCCAAUACCACGGCAGUCGCUUUUAGUCCCCAAGGCACGUUUCUCGCAUCAGUCAGUCUCAAUGGCGAAAUAUGUGUAUGGUGCAUGGAAGACUACUCGCUAGUACACAGAAUAUCUCAGAAUGGCAACACACCCGUUCUCUCUGUGGCCUGGGUGCCUCCGGACGAAAAGAGCUUCGUGUGUGGACUCAGCGAUGGUACGAUCAUCCAUUGCUUCAUAACAAAGACAGAACUCAUAGUAUCUGGAUUUCUGGCCCAUUCCUUCCCGGUCGACUGUCUGGCGGUUGCUUCUUCACGUCGCUUUGCAUCUGGAGCAGGAAGUGAGGUUCAUGUCUGGAAGCGGACGGCACAAGAUAACAACCCUUGGACCGAAGACGCGAGGGUUCCUGCGCCUCCUCUAGCACCUUCGAGCCGGGAGGCUCUCGUGGCGACAAGUUUACAUUGGCUGACACCCGAUCAGUCACAGCUCCUGGUGACAUUCAUGAACCACGGCAUCCAUUUCGUAGAUGCCGUCACAUGGGCGCAUAUUCGCAGCAUCAAUAUCACCGGACGAAUUGCACACGCCUCUCUAGCUCCCAACCGAAGGCUUCUUGCUGUUUCGAAUAUGAUCAGUGGGUUUGAUGUGUAUUCCUUGGAUUCUGAGGUUCCCGUGCGCUCGUUUUCGCAUCCAGUGGCUCCCAAUGCCCUUCGAGCUGUGCAUGUCCGCUUCAUCCACGACAACAAUGCGCUACUCGGUGGCAACACUGUGGGAAACGUUCACGUAUGGGACAUCGACACAUCAGAGAGGCUUGCUCGUCUCGCCCUUGGAGGUAAGUGUUUGAUGCUACAAUGUCAUUCGAUUCUCACACGCCCGUUAUCAGACCGCAACAUCGUGAUCACAGUCGACGUACGUGUGUCCACUCGGCCUGUCUUUGUAGCACGACACUCAGUAAUCCUCAGUCGUUCUACAACCACUCUCAAGACACGUUCUACAUCGCGACAGGCAUUGCUGAGGGUCCGUCGCCGACAGAAGUAA